GUGAAGCCUGGUAAGAAAAGCAAGGGCUUGCUGGGAAAGGCACUGAAGCAGAAGCGCGAGUACAUCCACAAGCUUCUCCGGAGGGAUCUUUGGGAUUCGUCUGUGAUGCAGGGCCAUGAGGUCGUCAUCAACAAGGAAAGCUUCGCAAUCCUGGAUGACGACGAACUGCUGGUCACCAUAACAGUCCGAGGCGCCUUCUUCAACGAGACAGCGCUGAAGGAGCUGACGCAGAAAGAUGCUACAGCGGAGCGCAUCUGCAAAGAGUACAUGGCGACCUUCGACCUCCCGAAACUUCACAAAAUCUGCAGCAACGGCACUGGCGUGAAGGUGCACGUGAACGGCAAGACCAUCGAGCUGUUACCCCGAAAGCACUUCGUCUUCGGUCCUGCUGAAGCAACCUGGAAGAAGUGA